AUUGGAUUGUAGACUGCUCCUCUUCAUCCACCAUUCUUUUCCUCCUUGAGAAAUCAGAGCAGCACAGACCCAAGAAUAAAGCACACACUCACAGACCUAAGCAAUCACUUCUUUUCUCCUUAACAAUGCAAAAAAGCUUAGAUCUUUGAUACGUAUAUAUCAAUGUCUUCAUGUAUACGCAACUGAUUUGUGUAAUAUUUGAUCUUGCUUGCUUUUUAGGGUUUGUUCAGCCUAUAGAUACAGGGGAAUAUAUCUGACCCAUUGUUGAAUGCUAAGUUCUGAUUGUAAUUUUAUGGUUGGUAACGUGAAUUAUUGGGUUUGAUACGGAGAGGAUGGCGUUUGGUGCUGGUGAGGUGUUGGAGAGGGGCGAGGGGGAUAGCAAUGGUGACUGUUAUGUGAAAUUGAAAGGCUAUGAAUUGGAGGAGGAAAGCGGUGAGGGUGCGUCGGCUUCCUCUUCAGAGGCGGUGAUGGUGGGCUGUGAGGGCGGUGGGCGGUGGUGGUGGUCGGUGUGGUGGUGGGCUAAGCUGGCACUCGUGACUGUCUUUCUUGGGGCUUUGGCUACUGUUUUGCUCAAAUGGGUCGCCCCAUUCUUCAUGGAUAAGGAAAUCAUCCCUAUAAUAAAUUGGGAGACAAGAACUUUCAGUAGGCCAAUUCUUGCAGUUUUAGUCUUUGCUUCUGUGGCGUUUUUCCCCACAUUGUUUUUGCCUUCUACUCCCUCCAUGUGGGUGGCAGGGAUGACUUUUGGAUAUGGUUAUGGAUUUCUACUAAUCAUUGGAGGUGCAGCUAUUGGUGUAUCACUUCCAUAUUUCAUAGGCUAUCUUUUUCAAAACAAAAUACAAGAUUGGCUAGACAGAUAUCCAAAGAAUGCUUCUAUCAUUAGACUAGCUGGUGAAGGGAAUUGGUUUAAUCAGUUUCGAGCUGUGACAUUGAUUAGAAUUUCUCCUUUUCCUUACAUAGUAUAUAAUUACAGUGCAAUGGCUACAGGAGUUAAGUAUGCUCCUUAUUUGUUGGGUUCAUUGAUUGGCAUGGUGCCAGAGAUAUUUGUUGCAAUUUACACUGGCAUUGUGAUAAAGACACUGGCAAAUGCAUCACAGGAUGGGAGCUCUCUAUCAGCUGUACAGAUUCUUUGCACUGUCCUUGGUUUUUGUCUCACGAUGGCAACUACAGUACUAAUAACGGUCUAUGCUAAAAGGCGACUGAAGCAACUGCAGAGAGAGGAGCUAUUACUACAAUAAACUUCUGCUGUAGGUUUACCAAUCUCUUGAGCAGGGUUAUAUUUAGUGCUUUGUUCAAGACAUGAAUUGAAGUUGGAAGUGGGUAAGAAGGAAGUGAAGUGGGAGGAGGAGACUAACAUAGACUAACUUAUAUUUUAGGCAAUAUACAAAGGUGUAUGUAUACAACAAGACAGCAUUUGCUUCUCAUUCUUGAAAACUAUGUUGUAUUCUGUUCCAUGUGAUUGCUCCAUCCAUUUAUGACAUUUGCCUCUAUUUUUAUAUUCA